AUGUCCCCCUCCAUCCUCCUCCUCGGCGCAACCGGCACAAUCAGAUCAAAAAUCUCCCUCCAACUCUCCCUCCACGCCAAUAACUUCGCCCGCGUCGCCUUCCUCACAGCCCUCGCCGACACCGGCCCCUCGAAAGAACAGAAAUACGCCAGCGUCCCGCUCGAACGAGUCGUAGGCUCUCUGACAGAUCCUUCGUCGUACACCGGCUUCGACAUCGUGAUCUUCGCGGUUGGGGAUGAUCUCUGCGGGAAGCAGAUUCAGUUUGUGGAUGCGGCGGUAGAGGGUGGUGUGAGGCAUUUUUAUCCGGCGGAGUUCGGCGCGGACCUCACCCACCCCCUCGCCCCCACGGAGCCGUAUUUCACCGAGAAACUGCGCGUGCGGGCAUAUAUCGAGUCGCUCGUGGAGAAAGACGCUUCGCUCGGGUAUACGUACGUUCUCAACGGCAUCUUCGCGGACUUGCUUCUUCAGAAGAACAUCCUGAGUGUAUCCGAGGAUAAGAAGAGCGCGGAGUUCAUCGGCCUGCCGGAGACGUUGGUGACGACGACGCAUAGCGAUACCGUCGCAGAAGUAAUCGUAACAUACCUCCUCCCCUCCCAUCUAACCUCCCUCUCCGGGCCCCGCAUCGUGCGGUACUCCGGCUCGACGAUGCCCCUCUCCGUGCUCUACGACACCAUCGCGCAGGUCACGAAGACGGAGCUCGCGGUAAGGUAUGUCAGCAAGGAGGAGUCGUUCGACAGGGAGAAGGCCCUGCAUGCUUCGGGGAAUGCGUGGAUGGCGACGUUUGUGUCGGCGAUUCGGUCGAUUGGGUUUGGGGCGUCCGGGAUUGUGCCGAAUGAUAAUGCGGAGUAUAAGGAGGUGAGGAGGAGGGAGUGGAGGGCGAUUGUGUAG